AUGGAAGCUGCCGCAUCUAUCAUCGGACUCGUCGCUAUUGGCCUAAAAGUAUACGUCACAUUGGAAGGUUUUGUGUCCACUUGCAAGGAUGCACCAGAGAUUGCUAAAGUUACCCGCGAUGAAGUCCGAGACUUCUGGUAUGCUCUCCACAGGCUUCGUCCUUUCGUCGAGCGAACAGCGGAUAUCACUCCUCUGGGAGCAGCGGCAACAGACGCAGCACAGCUAUCCCUCACACUUGGGUCCUGCAUGAUUACCUUCUCGGAGGUGGAGAAGCUGUUGGAUCGUUUACUUCCCAAGGCUGAGAUGAACUACAUUGGUCGAACUAGGUGGACCGUGUCUGGCGCAGGCCUCACUCAACUCAUGAAGCGCAUACAACAGCAUAAGAAUACCUUGAACCUUCUGUUGACAAUAUGGAUGAGUGAAUCAUCGGCACAGACCGAACAAGCCAUUGACAUCCUGAACGACCUGUUGAGGGAUCUCCUGGGCACCAAGGAGCAGCCUACAACGCCAGACUCGGCUGCCCAACUUGAAGCCAUCACAUCUUUACACGACCCGGAUGCUCCGAUUACAAGUAACGAGGCGCACAUGUCCUUCUGUGACGACAACGCAUCAAUCUUGACAACGUCCACUUCCCUUACGACUCAGUCCAAACACUCUCUCAAGUCUAUUCUCCUCAAAACGAAACUUUAUAGUGAUCCCAAGCUUUUCGAAAGCUCGGGAUUCUCAAUAUCAACAUCGCGGCGUCGUGGGACACAGUGGUCUCAGUUCACUGUGGGCUCAAACACUUCAGUAUUCUCGUUACCUUUCACGGACUUCGAAGGAUCGGGAUUAUCCAUUGCGGAGGAGGGUAACGUAUCACAGAUAAAUGUCCCAGUAGAUCAAGGACUACUGUAUAGACCUCAUUGGUACCCUAGUCUACGUCCCAUUCUAUCACCUCUUUCCACGAAUGAUACCCGGAACCAGAAAAUAAGACGAUCCUCCAAGGACAGCACACGUCCUAUAUCCAUUCCGCCCCGCCCAGAGUUUGAAGAAGAUAGUUUUGACCUCUUCAGGACCAGGGACAUGGAAGAGGUAUCCGAGCUCAUACUCUCGGGUAGGGAUCCUGAUGGGGAUCUUCUCUAUCACGUUGCCAACAAGAGUGCUGUCUUGGCUGAACUGAUAUUGGAUCGAGCAUGUGGCCAAAAUUUAAAGCCUGCAGUAUUUCAUCCUCUUUUGAAUGCUGCUAUAAGCAUCCGUUAUUGGGAGCUUAUUGAUAUACUAUUUAGGCGUAAUCAGAUACCUGAAUCGGGGUUGAUAGACCCCAAUUGGCGACAGGUUAUGUUGCGAUAUGCGGCGGAGAGUAUCCACAUUGCACAUGCGCUGUGCAAAGGUCCCAUUCCUGCAACUUUCUUGGACUUAGCCAUCGCCAGCGAUGCUUCAGACGACUUGGCUCCUCUGGCAUUUGCUUGUAUGAGAAGAAAUGUCAACAUGGUCAGGUUCCUUCUAAAUAACGGAGCCGAUGCGCUGGAAAUUCCUACAUCCGGUGUAACCGCCUUACACCACGCAACUCUUCCUCCGGAUAUAAACAUUACAAUAUUAAAGAUGCUCAUUGAUAGAGGAGCGGAUAUCAGGUCUCUACAUCAUGAGAACGUCCCUUUAUUACAUUACCUCAUCACAUAUUACUUUCGUGGACCGUGGGAGCCAAAUGUGCACGAGCUAUUCCGUUUCCUACUCACCGCUGGAUGCUCAAGUUCACUCACGGACCAUAACGGCACUACCGCACUAUCACAUGCCACGAUAUUGAAAGAUCGGAGGGCAGUGGAACUUCUUCUGGAUUACUCAAGUCCUAGUUUAGACUUGGAGGCGAAAGAUCUAGCUGGUGAUACGGCACUACACAAGGCGUUGAUGUAUCAUGAUUAUUUAUUCCGUGAACUUCCCUCCUUGCUACUUAGACGGGGUGCCAGUGUGAAUGCCACCAUGAGCGAUGGCACUACUCCACUCCUUCUCUGUUUGUGGCACAGCGGCAAACAAUCAUACACCAAUCCAGCAGCAACUUCCUGGCAGGAUACGCUUCUUCCGUCAUCGUGUAUUCCUUUAUUGGAAAUGAUGAUGUUUCGUGGGGCGGAUAUCAACGCUAGGGGACCCCAGGGUUUUACCCCACUGAUCCAAGCCAUAGACCGUCAUGAUCCAGAGUUGGAUCCUGGACUAGUUCGAUUGCAUUUUCUGAUUGGGUCUGGUGCAUCACUUUCGAUCACCGAUGACCAUGGCGACAGCGCCCUGAUUCAUGCCGUGAGGAAGGGCGAUUUGGACCUACUCAGACUACUGUGGAUGAGCGGUGUGGAUCUUGAGACAAUCAAUAAAUCCGGCCGAAACGCAUUGCACGAAGCGCUUCAUAAUAAUCUACUUCAAGUCGUGGAGCUAUUGCUCGAGCGAGGUGCCAAUAUUGAGGCAAAAACAGAGGAUGGCAGCAGCCCACUACUUUUUUUCAUCCGGCACCAUUAUUACAAUGGCCCCCGCCCCUCCGAUGCCCUCUGUCACACGGACGAAGAACAUAUCCAAAUGAUUGACGCCCUUUUAAACCAUGGAGCUGAUGUCUCAAGAAUAGUUCCCAGAGGAGAGAGUGCCUUAUACGACCUAUUUCAAUCAAAAUCGAUACUACGACUUUUCCAGGUACUCGUAGACCGAGGGUUUUCCUUCCAUGUUGAGCCGACCGGGAAACGUACCAUCCUGCUGGAUGCUAUGAUGAAUCACAAUUACGUGCAUGAUAAACAGCUAGAGGUCCUUGAAUUUGUCAUUGAAAAUGCGCCGUCACUGUCGGUCACCCGCGAUCACCUCAGCAGCGCCCUCGUAUUUGCCACCACACGCGGUCGUCUAGACCCAAUGCGGCUCUUGCUAGACAAGGGUGCGGAUCCAAAUGUGUGGAGUAUAUCAGGUCAAACUGUACUCCACAUCGCUGUUGCUUAUGAGAAUCACGUAGCUGCCAAACUUCUUCUUGACAAAUUCGCCGAUAUCGACGCAGUUGAUAAUAAAGGUCGAACGCCUCUAUAUCAUGCCAUCGACAACUAUGCGAGUUACGAGCUCAUUGAAGUACUGGCUAGCCAUGGGGCUACGAUAACAGAGCCAAUUCGUGCCCUUCUCCCGAGUCGUCCCUGGCUGAUAACCCCGUCGUUAAAACGGUACUUCGAAUAUAUUUGA